AUAGUAAGUGUGAUUAAAAGCAGAUGGUACGGCUGUAGUUUCCGUGUUGCAUUCGAGCGAUAACUACGUUGGUUGUAGCAGCGCUAAGUGAAACAUUCAACAUGAGCCUCAUUCACUAUUGCGUUGUUCUUAUUCUAAUUCUGGUUUAUUCGAAUUCCGCUCUUGGUCAAGAUGAUGAAGUAUUGAUGCUCCCCAAUGAGCGUACCACACUUGACGAUUGUCAUUUGCGAUUCCACAAAUUACUUGCAACUAGUCUUCCGAAACCAGCAUUCGGGCAUCCGGCUCAUCUGAAAGAGUUUGCUCAUAUGGGCGCUAUUGGUUGGACCCAACCAAACGGAACCAUUGCAUGGAAAUGUGGCGGAACGUUAAUUUGGGACAAUUUUGUCCUCACUGCGGCGCACUGCGUUAUCGAUACCGAAAACCAAGCCCCAGACGUCAUCAGAUUUGGUGACUUAAACAUUGAGACUACUGAAGGAGAUGAAUAUGCGCAACAACUGAAGAUCGUCGCCAUUUUCAGGCAUCCACAACAUCGGUUUGCAUCACAUUAUCACGACAUAGCACUAUUGAAGUUAGAACAUAAUGUUACAGUGACGGAAGUUGUGGCUCCGGCGUGCCUUUGGACAGAUGAAGAAGUGAGGUUCAAAAUACUGGAAGCCACUGGAUGGGGACGAACAGGAUAUGCCGAAGAUCAAACACCCAUAUUGCUGAAGGUAGCCUUGAAACCCAUUGAAAAUGAGGAAUGUGGCAAAGUGUACCGAAAUGUAACGGAUCGUAAACUACGACUUGGACUCCAACCGCAUCAGAUAUGCGCUGUCGAUAAAAAGAUGGAUACAUGUGAAGGUGACUCUGGAGGGCCUCUUCAGAUCAAGCUAAUGCAUAACACCAGAGUAACACCUUUUGUCGUUGCUAUAACUUCCUUCGGGACUGCUUGUGGCUUGUCCUCUCCUGGUGUUUACACUAAGAUUGCACCAUAUCACGACUGGAUAGUGGAAACUAUGCAAAAGAAUGGUGCAAUGGUUCCAAAUGAUGUUUACAACGCCACGUUUUGCGCUCUACGUUACGUAUCCCUUCGUGAGUAUGAGGAUGCCAUUAUUACUUCCCGUACCCCCGAUUAUGUUGCCGUGGAUACCGAUAGAAGACACAUGUUUGAGGUCGAUGGACUACCGUCGUAUAUUGUUCAAUUAGCAUGGAAUGGAGAAACAAACGACUGUUUUGGUGUAAUCAUUGAUGAGGACACUGUAUUGACUCUUGCACAAUGUGUUACACAUAAUAGAGAACGUGUAUCUCAUAUUAUCUAUUCGAACAUCACUACAAUCAAGGUAUCUAGAAUACACGUUCAUCCGAAGUAUGAACAAGGGAGUAGCUAUAACAACAUAGCUAUUUUACGAUUGCAACACUUUGUCAAUGAAAAUGACUUCGACCCAGCAUGUAUAUGGCAAGAUGAUACACCUUCGCAGGAGGUUUAUGUGCACGGCUCAGGUCGUCGUGACAUUAAUCGCUUGCUUUAUUCAUAUGACCAUGAUAAUUCUAUAGAUUCAUCGAUAACGAUUCUCGCUCCACGGGUUCGUUUCCAAAACAAUUCAUCAUGUUUGAUUCCCAAAAGAUAUUUACCAUUGCUUCGCAAUGGCCUAACCAAAGAACAUAUCUGCAGUGGACAAAAUUUAUUCCUCGUGCCGAAAUCUUGCGAUCUUGUGACUGGUGCAGCAGUCCAUGAAGAUUUCUAUAGAGCCGGCAAUACGUACCCGAUGGUGUAUGGGUUGAACUUUCUAGGCAGGGAAUGCGGUUUCGGCGAGCACUCGAUAGCGAUUGGCAUGGCAAAUCACGGCGAAUGGAUGAAGACCAUAUUAUUUUCGAAUUACAAAACAUCCCAUGACACAAUACAGUUCGUCGAUACGGAUCAUCAAGAGGGAGAUUCGUGUCAUAGGCAUGAUGGUCGUCCUGCACGAUGCGUUCCAAUUUCUAGGUGUUCAAGAGGCUGGAAACAAUUCCUGUCCAAUGGAACGAUUGAACUGUGUGCUACCAGUUCAUUAGCUUGCUGUUCGCUCAAUGAUAUCGCGGAAACUGAGCUGAAUGUGAUCCAUCCUCAGCUAGCAGGAUGCCCAAGAUUGGUGGAAAAUCUCAACAUAACAUCCCCGAGAGGAUCGCUCGUAUUUAUUGGUUGGCUCACAUCAAAAGGAAUGGAACUAAGGUGCCUCGGUACAAUCAUAACGAAAAGGAUAAUUCUCACAUCAGCCAGCUGUGUUGGGGAUGAGGUUCCUGCCGCUGUUGAAAUCGAAGGAAAUUCAGGAACUCAAACAAGGUAUGAAGUAGAUGCAAUACUUGUACACUAUGCCUUCAAUGCUACCGACGACACAAAUGACAUUGCACUGAUUCGUUUGCAAGAUACUUUGGUCUGGAGCUCAGAUCUAUUCCCAUCCUGUUUAUGGACCAAUACAACGCACGUUCCGCUGGUGUUGUCAAUGGUUUCUCCCGAUGACACCGGAAAUGUAGGGUUGGCCAAGGUGGUGGCAAUGUACAACACCGAUUGCCAGAGAACUCAUAUGUAUGACGUUCAGGAUUCUCAGCUCUGUGCCAGGAAUCCGUUCGACAAUUUCACUUGUAAUACUAGGAGUGAUCAAUUGCGAUAUGACAGCCCCAGCAGUGUUUCCUAUAUUGUGGGAUUAUCAACAGAUUUUGAUGAGUGUGAGCACUUUCGCUAUACGGUGUUCACUAGAAUUUCCAGUUUCGUGCACUGGAUCGGAAUGAAUAUAUAAACAAUAACCAUUAUGAUGAUAAAUGGAGUAAAAUAAAUUCAUACGAACGUCAACGUUGUCUAACCAUUCGUAGCGAAAGUCAUAAUUGGUUAGUCGGAAAUAUACGGAAAUAUAGGACUCAAUUGUAUCUGAUCUCAAUUCGAGACUCGUAAUUCAACGUUAAAGUCAAUUGGUUACGAUAAGUACGGUUGUGGAUAAUUCGUAAUUUUGAAGAUUCUUAUUGGAGACCCAUCAGGAAUUGUUUAAAAAGAUAUUGCAGCGAAGUUAAAAAUGAUAGCAUAAAGUGUCGAGGAACAAAUUGUAGAGCGGUUAGAGAACGUUAAUUUAGUCGAUAGAAACAAUCAAGUUUAUUAUACAUUGUUAGGAUAGAACUCAUAAUUACACCUUGAAACCACUAACUUUUAAGUUUUUUACUUACAAAAUGUUACUUAAAAGCAAAGCAGUUGUACAUUCGUUUUACUCCCGAAUAAUACUAGAUACAAUAGUCCUCAGUGACUAUUGUUCUUAUA